AUGACCAAGUCUGAUAAAGUAUUAACCCCCGAAUAUCUGGAUUGGUAUGCCAAAUUAAGUGGGUUACCAAGCGUUUUGACAGGUAAGAUUCGGUCCAACUUAUAUAAAAAAUAUAAAAAAGAAACUGGGCAUGAGCCAUGGCAAUUACCAAAAGCUGUGAUAAGUACGCCACCAAAGCCUAAGACCUCUGAUUUCAAGCCCACCACUUAUGAAGCCAAACCUGAUCCAGAAUUAAUUAUCAAAUCCGUGUUAGAGCAUUUCACAUACUUGAAAUUCCGAAAUAGUUUUAGAGGAAUUGAUAAUUAUAGUUUUGCAUCACCUCAGCCGUGGAGCUCACCAUGUCCUAUUUGCAAUGGAAGACAUGGGAAUUAUGGAUUACAUGGCGAAUGGUACCGCGAAAAUGGGAUGGUGGAAUUUUACUUACCAUUUCUGUUUCUCCUAUUAUUACGUGAAUUAGGUGUCCUUUGGCUAGGUCUUGGAUUGGGUGGGGUUAUUGUCAUUAGUCGUGGAAGUGGUGGUGUCAUUGGUUAUGGCG